AUGGUUUUUAUUCAUAUGAGAUCUAGUGUUCGUGUCUUCGAUGGGUUUCAUUUUGGUGAUGGACUAUUACAGUCGUUGUGCAUGCUUUCUCAUGUGGACAUAGACCUUUCUCCUUCGGUGAUUCUCUUGCUCUUCUUGUUUUGUGACAAACCUUGUUGGCAACUUUCUCGGAUGCUCCUGGUUUGA